CGAAAAUAUUUUUCAAUUUAAGUAAAAUUUUGCCAUAAGCAGUAGGAAAACAAAUUAAGCAAUGAAACUAUCACUGCUCGCCCUGCUGUUCGUCUGUCUUGUACGCAAAGAAGCGCCUGCUAUUCUUUUCAAUCAAAUGGAUGUGAAGAGUUUCGUCAACAGUGGCGUCCUGGAUUUGAAUGUUUUGCGUUGUUUUCUGCAUAAUAAAAAUGUUUGCCCGAGUCCAUAUAUAAUGUACCGAUUAUUUGCGCCGAAGUCAUCACGUCACGGUGUUGCACUGAACAUACACAAUCCGCUGUCGCUAUUCAAGGGUGGCUUCAGUCGCCAUCGCGAAACGGCAUUCAUCGUGCAUGGCUUCAAUGGCACCGCUGUCGAUAUGCAUUUACAAUUUUUGAGAGAUGCUUAUUUGUCACGUGAUUUCAAUGUCAUCACUGUCGAUUGGCGACCAUUAACCCGUUACCCCUGCUAUUUGCAUGCGUUGAUCAAUACACGCCUGACUGCUCAAUGCACCGCACAGAUUUACUCCUUCCUUACGCAUCAUGGAGCAGUGCGCGAAAAAAUCACCUGCAUUGGUCAUUCACUGGGUGCGCAUAUCUGUGGCAUGAUGUCAAAUCAUUUAUCGAUAAAGCAGCAUCGGAUAAUCGGCCUCGAUCCGGCGCGUCCACUUAUCGAACGCAAGAAAGGUCAUAUCUUUCGCUUA